AAGCGGUCCGUUCUAACCAUUGGCUGUGUGUGGUUUUGCGCUUCUGUAGAUGAAUUCGCUGUCAAUGGCCCGCUGGUGGACCUGUUUUCUAUGAAUGCCUUGGCUUCUUACAGCCAAAAUGCCAAGUAUUUCAGUUGUUAUGGAUAUGUUAUAUUUUGUAUGGAUAUUUCCAAUGGUAGGGGCUGUCGAAGAAAUACUCAUGGACUCUACGACGGCAACAGCAGAGCUGGGAUGGACUAUCUACCCAGCAUUGGGGUGGGAGGAGGUGAGUGGAUACGACGAGAACAUGAACACCAUCCGCACUUACCAGGUGUGCAAUGUCUUUGACAACAACCAGAACAACUGGGUACGCACCAAGUACAUCAGCCGGCGAGGGGCCCAGCGCAUCCACGUGGAGAUGAAGUUCUCGGUGCGGGACUGCAGCUCCAUCCCCAGCGUCCCCGGCUCCUGUAAGGAGACCUUUAACCUUUACUACUACGAGACGGACUCAGACACGGCCAAUAAGGUGUCCCCGGCCUGGAUGGAAAACCCCUGGAUCAAGGUCGACACCAUCGCAGCCGACGAGAGCUUCUCCCAGGUGGAUCUGGGCGUCCGAGUGAUGAAAAUCAACACGGAGGUACGAAGCUUCGGCCCUGUGUCACGCCAAGGCUUCUAUCUGGCCUUCCAGGACUAUGGUGGCUGCAUGUCGCUCAUCGCCGUGCGCAUCUUCUACAGGAAGUGCCCCCUCGUGGUCCUGAACGGCGCCGUGUUCCCCGAGACCCUGUCAGGGGCGGAGAGCACCUCCCUGGUGGCAGCACGGGGCGUGUGUGUGCCCAACGGGGAGGAGGUGGACGUACCCAUCAAGCUCUACUGUAAUGGGGACGGGGAGUGGAUGGUGCCCAUCGGGCGCUGCAUGUGCAAGGCUGGGCACGAGGCGGUGGAGAAUGGCACCGUGUGUCGAGCGUGUGGCUCGGGGUUCUUUAAGUCUUCCCAGGGGGACCACCUGUGUCUCCAGUGUCCCAUCAACAGUCGCACCACCAACGAGGGGGCCACCAACUGUGUGUGCCGCAACGGGUACUACCGCAGCGACUCGGAUCCCCCGCAGAUACCCUGCACCACCAUCCCCUCCGCGCCCCAGAGUGUAAUCUCAAUCGUGAACGAGACAUCCCUGAGGUUGGAGUGGAGCACGCCACGCGAUGGCGGGGGCCGCGAGGACGUGGUCUACAACAUCAUCUGUAAGAGCUGUGGAGGGGGCCGGGGAGGCUGUACACGCUGCGGGGACAACGUCCAGUUCAUCCCUCGUCAACUGGGCCUGACGGAGACCAGCGUCCACAUCAGUGACCUGCUGGCCCACACGCAGUACACCUUUGAGAUCCAGGCAGUCAACGGGGUCUCCGACCAGAGCCCCUACUCACCACACUACUCCUCAGUCAACAUCACCACCAACCAGGCCGCACCAUCGGCCGUGUCGAUUAUGCACCAGGUGAGCCGGACACCUGACAGCAUCACUCUCUCCUGGUCCCAACCGGACCAGCCCAACGGCCUCAUACUGGACUAUGAGCUGCAGUACUAUGAUAAGAGCAUGGCAGAGUGGAACUCAUCGGUGGUGCGCAGUCAGACCAACACAGCAGUCAUCCGUGGCCUGAAGCCCGGAGCUAUAUACGUCUUCCAGGUACGGGCUCGAACAGUGGCCGGAUUCGGACGCUUCAGCGGAAAGAUGUACUUUCAGACCAUGACCGAAGAGGAGUACAAGUCCAGCUUUCAGGAGAAGCUCCCCCUCAUCAUUGGCUCAGCUGCUGCAGGUGUCGUCUUAAUCAUCGCUGUCGUCGUAUUGGUCAUCGUCUGCAAUCGAAGAAGCUCUGAGAGAACAGAAUCUGAAUACACAGACAAGGUGCAGCACUACACCAGUGGCCACAUGUCUCCAGGAAUGAAGAUCUAUAUUGACCCCUUCACUUAUGAGGACCCCAACGAGGCAGUGAGGGAGUUUGCCAAAGAGAUUGACACCUCCUGUGUCAAGAUCGAGCAAGUCAUUGGCGCAGGAGAGUUUGGGGAAGUGUGCAGCGGGAACCUGCGUCUCCCUGGGAAGAGAGAGAUCCUGGUGGCCAUUAAGACACUGAAGGUGGGCUACACAGAGCGCCAGAGGCGGGACUUCCUGUCUGAGGCAUCCAUCAUGGGUCAGUUUGACCACCCCAACAUCAUCCACCUGGAGGGCGUGGUUACCAAGAGCGCCCCCGUCAUGAUCAUCACUGAGUUCAUGGAGAACGGAUCGCUGGACUCCUUCCUCAGGCAAAAUGACGGGCAGUUCACGGUGAUCCAGCUGGUGGGCAUGCUACGUGGCAUUGCGGCGGGCAUGAAAUACCUAAAUGACAUGAACUACGUGCACCGGGACCUUGCUGCCCGCAACAUCCUGGUCAAUAGUAACCUGGUGUGUAAGGUGUCUGACUUCGGGCUCUCGCGGUUUCUGGAGGAAGACACAUCAGAUCCCACCUACACCAGCGCCCUGGGAGGGAAGAUCCCUAUCCGAUGGACCGCCCCGGAAGCCAUUCAGUACAGGAAGUUCACCUCUUCCAGUGACGGGUGGAGCUAUGGCAUCGUCAUGUGGGAGGUGAUGUCAUACGGAGAGAGACCCUACUGGGACAUGAGUAAUCAAGAUGUGAUCAAUGCCAUAGAGCAGGACUACCGGUUGCCCCCGCCCAUGGACUGUCCUAGUGCCCUGCACCAGCUCAUGCUGGACUGCUGGCAGAAGGACCGCAACAACCGGCCCAAGUUCAGCCAGAUUGUCAACAACCUGGACAAGAUGAUCCGCAACCCCAACAGUCUGAAGGCCAUGACACCGCUGUCAUCAAGUGUGCACCUACCUCUGCUAGACCGCAGCACGCCUGACUUCUCCAGCUUCAGCACCGUGGAUGAGUGGCUGGAUGCCAUCAGGAUGGGCCAGUACAAGGAGAACUUUGCCAAUGAGGAGUUCACCAGCUUCGAUGUGGUCUCCCAAAUGACCACAGAGGACAUCCUCCGAGUAGGGGUAACGCUAGCAGGCCACCAAAAGAAGAUCCUGAACAGUGUCCAGUCCAUGCGGGCCCAGAUGAACCAGAUCACCUCUGUGGAGGUCUGACCUCUAGACGAGAAGGACACCAGACUAUACCGGACCACCAGCCUGGUCUCCCUGUCAGACUGUGACCCUCCACCCCCAUCAGACCCCUUUCUCUAGACCAUCCUCCCCUGAGUUCAGUCAACAGUCUGCAGCCCGUACUGUACGGUCAGUCUGGUCAGUUUGCAGCCGUGCUCAGUCCACAACCACCACCCCCUCGUAUGUUAAGUCUGUCUCUAGUGCUGAGCCUACGACGGUGUCCAGACUGUGUCCAGUCUCCAACUGCAGCCUGUCUGUGUUGAGUGCACAGCUGCAGCCCCUCCCAUUGUUUGUAGUAGGAUAUUGUUUACAGUCUAUUAGUUGGAUAUGAUUUCUACUAGUCCCCAGACUGAAACUCAACAACAAGACUGCCCUUUAAAAGGGCUAUUAAGAGAAGGUUGCGACCAGACUUCAUAGGACUUUACUUUUUCUGAGGGUAUCAGCGACUCCAACAAUAUGACCAGUACUCUGAACGGAGUGGAUGGAAAAAUUGUAGACUACAAUACAGUUCCAUAGACUUUAUGGAUGUAAAAUGAAAUGACUCAUCUUCUGGAAGCAUCAGACUCAGCGUUCUUGUGAAUAAUGCUCUCUUUUGACAAUUAGAAAAUUGUGGAGAUUAUAUUUCUGUUUGCUAUCUACAGUACCUACACUUCUAAUCUCUUGAAAAUACGUUUUGAACGUUUUUUUAAAACCUUUGAACACACUACUUCCAACAGCCCAAAAUAACCAUAAUAUAAAUGUAAUGUAUUGUGCAUGUCAUUGUCUGGUACAUAUCAGAUGCACUUGACUCUCUGUCUGCAGACUAUGCGCUGCACGUAGCGCCCCAUGGUUGCUAGGGUUCUCAGUCGGGGUCUCAAUUUACUGUGGAGAGUUAGAAAAGUAGAUUACACAAGGUGCAAUUUCAGCAGUUCAGCAGUUCCAAAAUGAUUGGGACAUUUUUACAAUUUUUGUUGUUGUUUUGGCUCUAUACUCCAGCACUUUGGAUUUGAAAUGACACAGUAACUAGGAGGUUAAAGUGCAGACUGUCAACUUUUUUUUGAGGAUAUUUUCAUUAAUAUCAGGUGAACCGUUUAGAAAUUACAGCACUUUUUGUACAUAGUCCCCCCCCAUUUUAGAGGACCAAAAGUAUUUGGAGAAAUUCACCUAUAUGUUUAUUAAAGCAUUUGCUGUUUGUUUUGGUUGUGUUUCAGAUUAUUUUGUGCCCAAUAGAAAUCUAUGGUAAAUAAUGUAUUGUGUUAUUUUGGAGUCACUUUUAUUGUAAAUAAGAAUAUAAUACGUUUCUUAACCCUUCUACAUUAAUGUGGAUGAUACAAUGAUUAUGGAUAAUCCUGAAUGAAUUAAAUAAAUAAUGAAUUAGUAAAUAAUGAUGAGUGAGAAAGUUACAGAAGCAUAAAUAUAUCUCUCUUCGAAAAAGGCUAAGCUCCCAUGUUAUAUGAAAUGAUAAGAGGGUAGCAUGUCUUGAGGGUAUGAUAUUUCUGCAUCUAACUUUCUCACUCAUUAUCACUCACGAUUCAUUCAGGACUAUCAAUAAUCAUUGUAUCAUCCACAUUAAUGUAGAAGUGUUUAGAAACAUAUGAAACAUACCCUCAAAUGUAAGCUGACAGUCUGCACUUUAACCUCAUAGUCAUUGUAUAAUUUCAUAUCCAAGAGGUUGGAGUACAGAGUCAAAACAACAAAAAAUGUGUCACUGUCACAAUAUUUUGGAGGUCACUAUAUUGUCAGUCAGUGGCAGUCACUCAAUUAGCCCAUGUCAGCUAACCAAAUCUUGUUUAGGGUCCCCAAAAGCCUAGGGGCUCUCCGUUGUUUCUCUCUCUUCUGGGGAUCACAGGUUGCCAUAGCCACUGAACCAUGUCGGCCAUUUUCAUUGUUUUGGAGUUCUGCUCCGUGCAAUCUUUGCUUCAGUGACUCAGUGAGUAGUUUUUUUAAUGUUUCUAUGUGCACCUUAAUGAUGAAGUAGGAUGGGCGCUACCAUUAAUUCUUCCAUUACAGAAUUGUUGUGUGCAAAGUUUAGAUUACGCUUUCAUUUUGCCCUCUGCUAUGUUUAAAGGAUCUCAUGUGAAUACCAAUGUAGUUUGGUCCUGUCAUGAAAAAGCACUUGCCCUCCCCUUUACAAAAUGGCUGCCUUAGGUUAUGCAGCCAGGUGUUCAAAACUGUACUUGCACAAAAUGGCAAUCUCUGAAGCUCCACAGGUGGGAAAUGAUCAGAAAAGGAGCCUGUUGGUACUUAAAAGACUUCACAGAACACUGUGCUCAUUUGGUUGGUUUUUAAAUAGUUUUUGUUUUUUGUUUUUAUAGUGCUACAUAUGAUCACCUUUGACAGUAUGGAGCUGUGAAUUGUCACGUAAUCUGGGGUCAUACACUGCCGGCAUAUUGACAUGUAUAUACUGUUGCCGUUACUAUUUAAAAAGCUAGAACACGUGUUUAUGAAUCGUCUCAGAGAAAAGUGGGGACUUUUUAAAGAAAUGGAUGAAAGGUCAAUUAAAAAACGGACGGGCUUCAGUUUUUGUUGUACUGAGUGGUAGGGUAUACGUCUUCCUCCUAUUGUGCCAGCACAAAUCACAACAAGUUUACACGUUGAUACUCCGUCCAUAACGUACUGAACUUGAGGUUCAGGGAUCAGCAGGAAAACAUUUGAAAUGUUUUUGAAAAGUGUUGUUCUAAGCAGCCAAAAGAUACUAGACAAGUAAAACCAGGAUAUUGCAACCUCUGCUCUUUGAGUGCUACAGUGUCUGCAUGCUUCCAUUGUCUCAGCACUUCAUGGAUAAAUCCCAAUCAGCCAUUCCAUAGGGCAUCUCACAUAGCAUUUAAUAGUUAUAAAUAAGGUACUAAUUAGGAGACACCUCAAUGAGACAACAGUGUUAUUAAAAUGUUAUACUACUGCUACCCAACCAACAAACUCUGCUUUUCUUGGGAAAAGAGACACUUUCCACUUCAAUAAAUAGGGAUAUGUUCUUCCAAAUACUAUCAUCUGCUGUUCUUUACAGAUACAUUGUCCUCAUCUUAUUAUGUAUUAUCUGUUGUUUAGCAUAGCUUCUCAUCAAGGUACAGCUUGUGCAUUGAUGUGUUGGAAGCUUUGCUAUUUGAUCAUAUAGGAUAGCCCCAGACACUAAUUUACUUUGUUUUUAUAGGCCUAGCAUAACAAGUGGGGAGGCAAUGUACUAUACAAGACCUGAAUUUGUGAAUGAAGGAAGACUGUCAAAUCAAACAAAUCUUUAUUUGUUUAUGUUUUUGCUUCUGUCAACAAAUACACUCAGAAAGAACCUGCCAUCUCUGUGUGUGCCAUUUGCUAACAAAAGAAACCAAAAUGGACGCUUCUACUGUAACCUCAAGUCAAUAUUGUUGUGCCCUCUCUAUAUGACCACAUUUAAGUUUUUGUCAUUCUCUGUGUGUAAAAAGAACUCUCAUUCUCUAUGCUGGUCCCAUGUUAAAACUGUACUAUUACUAUACCUCUAUACCAUUAUAGUACCUUUUCCACAUUCUUUCACUUUGGUCCUCCGUCCUUGGUCUACCAGCCCCCCCUCCCCAUCCAGUCCUAACCACUGUGAUUGCAUUGGGACGUUUUGUUUUCUGUAUAAAUGUACAUUGACUGUAACCCUGUGAAGGAUGUAACAAUUUUAAUUAUUUGUAAUACUGUUAUUUGUCUAUUUUUAUUUUUUUUUAAAGACAAAAGAAAAGAAAACAACAUCUACAACAACAAACUGAAAGCCGGUACAACUGUUUCAAUAAUAAUAAUAAAAUAUUGGUUACA